CGACUCUGGUUGCAUCCUUCAACUUGAGCGGACAUGGCGACCGCCGGUGUGCCGUCGUACCUUCGGUCCACAUCAAGCAGCAAGGCGAAGAGGGAGACGAAGAAUGCGAAGACCAAGGCCGCCGACUUUCCCAUUCGACGGACGGCGCCAUCAUCGUCCAACGGAGCAACGUCGACCUCCACCGACGACACGACGUUCCGUGUGCGACCUCCCGCGGCGCCCAUUUCGAUUGCGAUUCCUGCUCCUUCAGUCUCUCCCAAAGUGGGAUCCACUGGCGGCGCAACCUCGUCUCUCUUGCUCUUGCAAUCGAAACCGCCGAUGGGGGAAUCAAGACAAGUCAAGUUCUCCAAGCCAGAUUCGUUGGAGAAAGUACAGAGGACGACUGCAACACAGAAAAGUGUCCCCAACUACAUGCGCCACACCGUUAGUCGAGGGUACAAGGAAGGGGACUUGCAGCACCCUGCGGAUGCAGCCAAGUCUGUCAAGCCCGCCAGAGAACCGGCCAAGAGUGGAGCAAGGGAGCCCGCGCGACUCGCGCCACCUUCGAAACGAGCUGUGCCUCUUCAACGAACGUCAAGACCCAGCAGCUCCCUUGCAAGGCAACCCGCAGCUGCAAGCGCCGCCGUACGACGACGAGGUGAUAUCCCAGUCAAGGACGAGCAAGAGGUCAAGCGACCGGCACCCCCCUUGCCCCCCGAAAACCAAGAAAACGUCGUUCCAGAAGCCUUCUCCGAUGCGUCUCAAGUCAUCCCCGACGAGGGAAAAGCAUCUUCCCCAGAUCUUUCAGGCCAACCUGGCGGCGGUGGAGUCGACGAGUACACGCAGGACCGCCGUCCCCGCUCAACAUCUCCAAACUACAUGGAAGACAUCCAACGCGGUGAAGACGGUCCUAUGGCGGAUGACCGUGUCGUGGCCGCGUUGCGAGACGAGAUCAAAGCGCUGACCGCCCGACUCCACGAAAACGACAUUGUGUGCCGGGAGUACCAGCAAUCCCUCGACACUGCCGAACGCAACAUGGAAAAGAUGACCAACGCGUGUCUCCAAUACAAGCAAAAGUGCGAAACGUAUGCAGACUCGUCGUUGACGUUGAAGCGGCAGCACGACACGCUCGAGCAAGACCUGAUCGAGUCCAAGAUGCAACUGACCGAUCUCAAGAACGCGGCCAGUGUUACACCCGUGUACGACGCGAGUGUGUUGGAGCUCAAGAUUCAAGUCAUGACGAUGGAGUCUGAAAAGAGCCAGACGGAACACCAGCUCGAGCAUUUGAAUCGGAUCUGCGGCGAGUUGCAAAUCCAAAUCAACACGUUCGAAACGAAUGAGCUGGCGUGGCAAACAGAACGCGACAACCUUCGUCGACAAGACGCGAGUUUGCGCGAAACGGUGGAAGCGUUGCAGCAGCAACUCCAUCAUGCGCCGUUCAAAGCGAAGGACGAGUCCGUCCCAGCUGCCGCCGCCGCCAUGUGUCAAGACAUGGACACCCAAGACACUCUACGAGCCAAAAUUCACGCGCUGGAACUGACGAUCGAAGCGAAAACGGCGGAAAUCAACCGACUUACGGAAGAACACGUUGGAUUUCAAGAACAAGCGCUGGUCAAGCAACGUACCGAGAUGAAGGAGCAGCUCGCGACGCAAGAAAGAUUGGUGUCCACCCUCGAAACGCAACUGGCGGCGGCGGCUUUGGCCCAAGACUCGAUCGCCCAGGACCACCGCAUCCAGCGAGCGCGUCUGGACGAGGACAUUCAACAGCUCCUGUGCGACAAGGCGUCGUUGGAGUCCCAAGCAGCCGACCACGUGGCCAAGUUGACUGCCGCCGAAGAAAAGAUCUGCGAAUUGACGUACCUCGUCGAGGAAAGUCAAGCGAACGACCCGAAGGACGCACGUGCUCAAGUGGAAAACCAACUCACGACGCACAACGCCAUCAUUGCCUCGUACGAAGCGGAAAUGGCCGACAUGAAGGCACAACUGUCGACGGCGUCGGCGGAGCUCGCAACGACCCGCGACAUGGACGCAGCAUCCAACACGAAAAUCGCGCUGCUUGAAAGUGAAGGGAAGAAGCUUGAGGACACAGUACGCUCUCUACACGAAGCUCGUCAUCACGACGAAGCCAGCACACGCGCCGUGGAGGCAAUGGUAGUCCAAUUGCAGACGGAGCUCGAAGCGGAAAAAGCCGCCUCCAGGGACCUCCGUAUCGAACUCGCACAGAGUCAGAGCUUCGUGGAGUCGUUCCAGGUUCAGUUGGACGAGUUGGAGCGGCAAAAGGUCGACUCCCAAUCGACAUAUGAAGGCAAUUGCAAGCGCAUUUUUCAGCUUGAAGGCGCGAACGUCGAGUUGGAAAACGCCAUUCGAGAAUACCAAGCUGAACGUGAACGUGUGGCCCUGGAACUGGCCAGCUCCACACAAGCCCGUGAUGUUGCGGCCAAAACACUCGACGAGGAGGUCUGCCGUGGGCGGCAACAAGCGACGACGAUUGACGAGCUACACGCCAAGAUUGACGGCUUGGAAACGGAAGUUGCCAAACAGUCGGCGCUGGCUGCGACGUACGCCGUUGAAAUGGCUCAACUGGAUGCUGUGAGAUCGGAAAGGAAUGUACUCGUUGAAGCCGCUCAGGCGUCGGACGCCACCAUUGUGUCCCUUGGUCUGGAAGUGGCAGGAUUGGACUCGAAGUUGAACAAGACGAUCUCUGAGUACGAACAACGACUGGGCGAGGCAGCGGCAGAACUUGACCAUGUCAAGACAUCCGCCUCUCAAACACUCGUGAGGGAAGUCAGUGGUUGGAAGGAAAAGUACGAGGCGCUGACACUGGCAGGUGACUACCAAGCCAACCAACUCAAAUCGACUUUGCACCAACUGGAGGUUAUCCAAGCGUCCGACACACAGUCAAAAGCAACACUUGAACAAGACGUGGAAGCCAAGUACUUGGCGAUGCAAACCCACCAGCAACAAUCGCACGACGACCAAGUAAAGCGCCUUACGAGUCAGUUGGACAACAUGCGAACGAACUGCGACGACCAGAUCGAGGCCCUCGAGGCGCAAGUGAACGCCCUCCGACUUCAGUUGAGUCACGCGCGAGGCCACAAGGAAACGUGUGGUCUUAUGGAGCAGGACUUGGCGCAUCAAAUCUUGCUGGUCGAGUCCCACACACACCAAUUACUCAACGCACAAAAGCGUGUGGCCGACUUGACCUGCCAAAACCUCCAGCUCAAGGAGGAUAUCGAAGCAGGGUCGAUGAAGCUAUCGAGUCGCGAGGCCACGGUGCUGGAAUUGCAACAACAAGACAGCAUCAGCCGAGACAAAAUUCAACACUUGGAAGCCAAACUCAAGGCCUUUGUGGACAGCCAUGAACGAGUCCCCACGCCAGUAGAUGUAGUCGUCGUCCCUACGACGAUGCCAGUCCAAAGUGUCGAAAGCGAAGCCGAGUUCCCACCACUUAUGACCAACGGCGUGAUCGUACUACACGCCGACGAAACCGACAUGUACGCCGGAGUCGUGAAUGCCAAGUCUCAACGACCCACUGCCAUCAUUCCUUCCCUAGCGGCUGUUCCACGAGGCGGCAUGACCGAACUGCAACGUGUUUUGCAAGGCUCUUCGUACUCUGGAUCGGGCUCGCUUCGAAUAGGCUACGAUCAUGGGUAUUUCCUGGGCAAGGACGCUGCAAAUGUGCUGUACGACCACCCGGACCCCGCGCUUCGAGGGAUCCUCACGGAGGAGCGACUGUUCCAAGACGGGGCAAUUGCAUCGUUUGAGCACUUUGAAGGGCUGUUGAAGCAAAUGCUCGCUGCUGUCGGCGCCGAUACCAACCCCGACACGUACAAGAUUGUCAUGACGCACAAACCGUUGAUCGGGAAAGCACAUCGUGAAAAGAUGGUACAAUCGCUGUUCGAGGCGGGCCAAUUCCAAAGCGUGUUUCUCACCACGGACGCCCAAAUGAGUCUUCGCGCAGUGGCCAAGUCCACGGGGCUGGUCGUGGAUGUCGGAGCAGAUACCACGUACAUUGUCCCCAUCUACGAAGACAUGCUGCUGGAGCAUGCAGUGGUGAAAUUGCCGUUUGGCCAGGACCACGUGGUGAAUUUCAUGGUGUCGAUGCUGCUGUCACAAGACUGCGACGACUUUCACAUGAUUCCAGCACGGGUGCAGCGGCGAAUCGCUCGGUCGAUUUUGGACUCACAUGGGUUGGUGGCAAGUGACUUUUUCGACAUGACCGAACAGUACGGCGGUUUCCGUCGAAAAGACGUGCACGUGCUGCCAACGCCAGACCAUCCACUGGUAUGGGUCAAGGAAUCGCCCAGUCAAACAACUCACCCGUUCGUAUUGUGUACUUGCGCGCGUCGUACGCACAACAAUUGCCCAGUGGACGUACAUUGACGCUCGAGUAUGACAUUGAACGUUUUGUGUGUCCGGAAUUGCUGUGGAACCCAUCGCUCGACCCAGGUAGACACACUAACAUAAACAAAUACCCGAGUCAUUGGACCAUGCAUCCCCAUGCAGAUUGCGCAUGCAAGACAAGCCUCCACGCUGCGAUUUUGAAGUCCCUGUCUCUAUGCGACCCAUUCCUGCAAGAAGAUUUGAUUGCGCGCGUGGUGUGCUGCGGUGUGCUCACUUCGCUACCUGGAUUCAAGGAGCGACUGUACCGUGAAGUGCAGAAAUCCACGCCCCAGCACGUGGUCGGCGUGGAAAUCUUGCCCAAGUCUCUCCAUGCAGCGUUUACGGGGGCGACCAUGUAUGCCCAGGGCCUGCGCGAGUCUGUGUGGAUCAGUCGCGACGACUACGACCGCCACGGACCAGCCAUCGUCCAUUCCAAGUGUUUCUGAGGAUCAACAGCAACACACGAUCGUGACAAUCUCUAGCAUCACCACAACUAGAAUAGUAUUACUAUUAGUCCAUGCAGUGUUAUUUGCGUUUUUCGUCGCUGGCUUUUUCCUUCCACUUGGUGAUGAGGUCGUGGGCCGUCGUCGCGACCGUUGUGUUUCUAUCGAGUUUUCACGUUCGUUGGUUGUUGAUUCAAUAUAUAUGUGUGUAC